AUUAGUCUGAAUACAUGGAAUCACGUUAAUUCAGAAGAUGUUUGUACCUGGUUUUGUAUAUUUCAAUAAACGACUCUUCUCUUCUCAUUUGUGAAUAACUCUUUUCAUUUGUUGCCUGUUCAUUGUUGACUAAUUUUCUUCUUCUUUUUUCUUCUAAUUAACAUAUUUAACCUUCUUGAUUAAAUCUUCAUCAUUAUUUACCUUUUUUCAUUGAUAUACUUAUUGGUCUUGAAUUUAUCAAAAUAUUCACAGAAAGAGAGAAAUAGAGAGACAGAGAAAUAUCAAUACAAGGUUUCACUUGAUUUUUAAAUCUGCUUCAUUUUGCUUCAACUCUUUCGUUUCACAUUCAAUGGUUAUAUAUUUUUUUGUCAUCGCCAUUGACUUUGCAACUGGUUUACUUUAAUGUUCAAUAUUUCCUUCAUUCAAUUGUAUUAUUCCUGUUGAUCAUUCAAUUUCAAUUUUAAUCAAUAUCAACCGUUUGAUUUACACAUCUACGCAUUUACCUUCAUUGGAUAAUAUUGAUAAUAGUUCUUACAUUGUUCACCUUUUUAUUGUCAUCUUCAAAUCUAUUAAACAUGUUAGUUCAAUUGUUACUGACAACUAUAGUCUUUCAAGUACUUCAACAACCAAUUAAAGGACAAGAUUGCCUGAGUACGCACAACUAUCUGAGGGCUCUCCAUGGAACACCGCCAUUGGAAUAUGAUGAAGGGUUGGAGCGAUUUGCCUUGAAACGAGCCCAAUACAUGGCAUCCACCGAUAUAUUUGAACAUCCAAAGAGACUACGUUAUGGUGAAAAUUUGUAUUGGAGGAAAGGAUCAGUUCCAACCUGUCAAGAUGCCGUCAUGAAUUGGUACAAUGAAAUAUCUCUGUAUCAAUACAGUUGGCCAAGAUAUUCACCUAAAACCGGUCAUUUCACCCAAAUUGUUUGGCGUGACACCCAAAAGAUUGGUUGUGCGGCAGCUCAAAGCCCUCGCACAGAGAGGAUUUACAUUGCUUGUAAUUACUAUCCACCAGGAAAUGUACGAGGAUUUUUCAAGCAAAAUGUGGCCUAUCCAUCAUAUGGACAAUCAAGCAAAUGAUUUUUCGCCAAUCGGCUUAAAACUUAGAUUCAUUACCACCAAUUUAAUCAUUGACCAUCAUCAACAUCUUCAACCUUUACCAUCAAUGCAAUCACUUGCAGUCUACAAAAAUUAGCUUUAGUUUUCUUUCUCAUAAUCUCAUAAAAGUGAAAGAAGAGGAAAAAUUAUUUUUAUUUUUGUUUUUCAUCAUCAUUGACAUCAUCUUGUCACACUCAUCAUCACAUCUUAAUCAACAAAAUGGCUAUUUUACAGCCAUUUCUAUCAAUCUGUUCUACCAUGGUGCAAAAAGCAAUAACAAUGGAUGUUUUGUGCUUUUCUGGAUCAAUCGCUGAUGACAAGGAAUGAUGUUAUUGAUUAAAUUUUUGCGGGCAGAGUUUUGGAGGAUUUACCAAAUGAAAAUUGAUUCACUUCUCUUAUAUAUUACAAUUUUCAAACUAACAUUUGGUUAUGAUUUUGUUUUCACUUCUUGAUUAACCAAAAAAUUUUGUGAAAAUUUUUCCUCUUUUCACAAGUUAAACCUUUAACAUUAUAUAUUUGUAUUCCCAAUAUUUUAUAUUUAAUCUUUUCAAUCUGUAUUACCAAUUACUCGUUAUGUAUAUGAACAAAAUUGAACAAAAUUAACUUCAAUCAUGUUACAUUUGUUAGAGAAAUAUCUAGCUUUUUAAAUUGUCAAGUUAAUGGGUUUAACUGUAUUCGCUAAUUGAAAAGAUUAGUCAAGACAAAUCAAUAAUGAUUUUCAAUCAUGAUUAUCUAUAAUCACUCAUUGAUUUAUUGUAAAUAAUAAACAUAACUUUUGACCAA